AUGUCGAAAAUCAAUAACCUUCCGUCACAGGUGGACAUCCUCCGAUCUAACAAAGCGGCGAAGAAAGGCCCUGGAGCAAGUGGGAUCAAUGAUACCAUAACGGUAUGGCCCAAACCUGAAUUUGGCCCCGGAACGACGAUAGAUAACAUUACAAAAGAAGGAAAGACAGCGGACGAAUUUAUCCUGCCGGCAGGAUCCAUGUUCCCUCUUGGUUGUGCUAUACCCGCCCAUACCGUUCUACGCUAUGGAAUGUACUUUCCUCCAGGUACAAUGUUUCCUGAUGGUGUUCUCGUUCCCAUUCAUGCCCGAUUCGUAUCCGUACAACCUAUCGAAACGGACAAAGAGGGAGCUCCUACCAUUGAACCUCAAUGCGUAAUCCAAUAA